AUGAUAAUUGGGAUUUUACCACACCCCCUGUAUCAUGCAAGCUUGAGGGCGAAGAACAUUGGCGGAGGAGCGGAGGCCGCAGUUUUGGGGGAGAGGCGCUCGCGGCUGCGUCGGCGAUUUGUCCUCCGUGCCCUGAUCUCCAGAUUGGUGCCAAGCCAAGAAGAUGAAGAUCCCAUCAUUUCAGCGAGCGUCCUCCAACAAUCGAAUUCUCCCUCUCUGCGACGAGGACGACGACUACGAAGAAGCAGAGCGCAAAGAGACAACGCCAGCAUUACCGCCACCAUCGCCACCGUCACUACGACCAGGGGGAGAUCCCAGCUAUGGAGCUACUGGGUUCCAGGAUCCAUCUUCGCCCAUGGAUCCCAAGCUCUGGAGCAAGCUCCCGGAGGACUGUGUGGACAGGAUCCUGGCGCGGCUCCCACUGCCCAGUAUGUUCCGGCUACGCUCGGUGUGCAAGCGCUGGAACUCGUUCGUCCAUUCCGAGGCCUUCUUCUCGCUCCAGUCGGAGAUCUCCGCCAGCCGCUCCAGCUUCCUCCUGUGCACCCAGGGCCGCGUCUCGUGCGUCUACAACUUCUCCCUCGAUGGCUGGCACUUCGUUCCGGUCCCGAGGAUCAUCCUGCCCAUCGACAUCCCGCCGGUGACCGUCGUCUCGGCCUCUGGAGGCCUGCUGUGCUACGCCAACCAGGUGGCCGAGUGCUCCACGCUCUUCGUCUGCAACCCCUUCACCAAAGUUCUGCGCGAGAUGCCACCCAUGCGGCGCGUCCGGCUCAUCCACAAGCUCAGCAUUGUCACCGAUCCCAGCAGCAAGCUCUACCAGAUCAUGGUCUCGGGCGAAGAUGGUGGCGACGUCGGCCAGAUGCUGUGCCCGCACGUCUACAAGCUCUACACCGAGGUCUACGACUCGCGGUCGGGCUCGUGGGAGAUGGCGGCGUGCCCGCUGCCCGAGGCCAAGUUCGGGAGCGACCCCGGGGUGUGGCUCGACAGCGGGAGCUUCUACUCCAUCACCGAGCUCCCGUACGGAGUGGUGAGCUUCGACUCCAAAACUCGAACUUGGUCCGAGGUGAAGGCGGAGAUGCCGUCCGGCCUCGCCUCGCCAUCGCUGGUGGCGUACAAAAAGAGCCGGCUCUUGAUGAUCGGACGAGUGAAGGGGAGGAGCUCCGCCACAGCGAAGCCGGAGCUCAAACCAGCGACGGCGAUGGCGGCGAUGGUCGAGGAGGGAUUGAAAGUUUGGGAGCUCUCGCACGGUGCCGGGCUCGGGACGUGGACGGAGGUGAACAGGGCCCCGGUGGAGAUGUGCCGCGAGUUUCUGGAUGCGCUCAAGCCGAGGACGCCGCUGGUUUGCUCCGGGGUGGGCGACUUGGUGUGCGUGACGAGCCACCUCAGUCCAAAGGCGCUGGUUUUCGACGUGAGCCGCGGGAGCUGGCGGUGGCUGCCCAGGGAUCCACUCUUCCCGAAGAAGAGGAACUUCCAUCUCCUGGGAUUUUGUUUCGAGCCAAGGCUGGACAUCCAGCCGUGACGGAGAAGAACUGGUGCACUGCUGCUGCUGCUGCUAGACGGCUGGUUUACUCGACCGAAGAAGAUGCUCUCACUCGUCACUCGUCGAGACAAUGCCAUCCAUAUCUGACUUCCGGACAAGAUCCUGCAGCAGCACGAGGUUCUCUCUUUCUCACUCUUUUUUUUAUGGCCUUCCCUUGUUUUUCGGGUUCUCUCUCUCGCUCUCUUUUUUGCUUACGUUGAUCAUCCAACUCCUUGGUGGUGGUGGUGAUUCUCCAAUUUUUUUUAAUGCUUUCUAGGUGGAUAAAGAUGGCUGUGACUAGAUAAGAUCAGAAGAGAGCCAGCCAGCUGCAUCAUCAAUCACCAUUUGAAAACAAGCAAGCAAAGCAGGCAAGAUCUUUCUUCGUGUUUUUUUGGCUCAAGAUAUAUACUAGAGAAGAGAGCAUUCAUUCA